UAGAGCUCUCGCCCUCGCUCAGCUGUGUGUGCGGUGGUGUGUCCGAGGGCAAAAGCGAAAAAGUGGCCGAUGCAACCAUGGGACGAUAUGUGGUGACGUUGUUUUGUAUUUGUUCGGGUCUUGUCAUCGCGGGAGCGUUUAAUGACGGCGAUCAGGUGAUGCUGUACGUGAACAAGGUUGGGCCUUAUUUCAACCCACACGAGACAUACCACUACUACCAGCUGCCAGUAUGCCGACCAGACAAGAUUGUUCAUCGGAGCCUUACCUUGGGGGAAAUCCUGGAUGGUGACCGGAUGGCAGAAUCAAUGUACAAGAUCUACUAUAAAGUUUCUAUGGAAAAGAAAGUGCUGUGCACGGUGAACCUGUCAGCCGAGGACUUCAAGAAGCUGAAGGAAGCCAUUGAAGACCUCUACUACUUUGAGUUUGUUUUAGAUGGCCUGAGACUAUGGGGCUUCAUAGGGCAGCUAGAAGAGGGCUCCCUGAUCCCACACAAGCACAAACUGUACCUCUGGACACACCUGACCUUCAACAUCGAGUACAACAAGAAACAGGUGAUAUCGGCUAAUGUGACAGUGACCGAUGGUGUGCCCAUGCUCCUGGACGAGAUGACAGCUCCACUGGACAUCACACACACAUACUCGGUGCGCUGGCUUCCCACAAACGUCACCGAGCGGCCACCGGGGGGACUCUCCAAGGAUGGGCCUCGUGGAUUUUUCUUCCCACAGACAUUGGAGAUCCACUGGCUGUCGGUCAUAAAUUCCUUGGUGCUGAUUGUCCUGCUCCUGGGCUUCAUCGGUGUUAUCCUGACACGUGUCCUUAAGAACGACAUUGCUCGCUAUAACUCGAUGGAAAGCAAGGCCGAAAUGGAUGUGGAAGAGUAUGGCUGGAAGAUCAUCCAUGCAGAUGUCUUUAGGUUUCCUCCUUACAAGAACCUCCUCUGUGCUAUUCUGGGUGUUGGCACACAGUUCCUGUGCAUUGCUCUGGGGGUGCUGCUCAUGGCCCUGCUAAGUGUGUUCAAUGUGCACAACCAUGGUUCCAUGAACACAGCCAUCUGUGUCCUCUAUGCAUUAACAUCCUGCAUAGCGGGCUUUGUGUCUUCCAAGAUGUACCGACAGAUGGGGGGAACCAACUGGGUCACAAACAUCAACCUGGUCUCCUGCCUCUUCUUCAUCCCUCUGUUUCUCGUGUGGAGCAUCCAGAACUCAACUGCAUGGGUCUACCACUCCACCCAGGCUCUGCCAGCGACAACCGUCAUGUUGCUCCUGUUAGUCUGGAUCUGCUGUGGCUACCCGCUGACCUUGAUGGGUGGCAUCCUGGGCAAGAACUGUGCGGGCCCCUUUGAGGCCCCCUGCCGAGCCAAGCUGAUUGCACGGGGGGUGCCGCCUGUGCCGUGGUACCACUCGCUGCCCAUCCAUUGCUUUGUCGGUGGCUUCCUGCCCUUCAGCGCCAUCUCGGUGGAGCUGUACUACAUCUUCUCGACCGUGUGGGGCCGAGAGCAGUACACGCUGUACGGCAUCCUCCUGGUGGUGGCGCUGAUCCUCUUCAGUGUGACAGCCAGCAUAGCAGUGGUGCUCACCUACUUCCAGCUCUCCUCAGAGGACUACCACUGGUGGUGGAAGGCCAUCUGCACUGGCGGAGCCACGGGCGCGUUUGUGUUCUUCUACGCCGUGUUCUUCUACUUCUUCCGGUCCAAUAUGGGUGGAACCCUGCAGGCCGUCGAGUUCUUCGGCUACAGCAUCCUGACGGCAUACGUGUUCUUCCUGUCCCUGGGCACCGUGAGCUUUUUCUCGGCAUACAGGUUUGUGCGCUACCUGUACAGCACCAUCAAGACGGACUGAUUGGCCGCUCCCGUGAACGACUCCCUAUUGCUGCUGCUGUUGCUCCUGCUGCUGCUGCUGCCAGCUCAUUUGCUUUUGGGUUGUGUACCUUUGUGCAUGGUCGUUGCUGCCGUUUUGCAUUUCUAGCGUUGUGUUUCUCGUGAUUGGGGCAGUGAGCUCGACUGUAGCAUCUCUUUCGUAUCUGCAGUUUGCUACCCAAGCCUUUGUUGCCAGUGUCUAAAUUUCUCCCUUUAUUUUUUCUUUCUCUCUCUCUCUCUCUCAAGAGUGAGUAGGUCUCUUUGCAUUUUCUACAAUUGAGGAUGUGGAAUGCAAAAGAGAAAAUAUGAAAGAAAAACUGUACAUAUUUAAUCUUGGCGUUCUUUGUUGAUGCAUUGGUGAGCAGUUUGUUGUGUUGCAGUGGAUUAACGUUGAGUGAGAAGCGGUGUUGUUGCAUGUUUUUGGAUAGGGUUGAGAAUUUUUGUUGGUCGAAUCCUGGCUGUUGUGCUCUUUCAAGCACUUUUUCUAGUACGGUUUGUCCUUCCACGCUGUGCUGUUGGUCUUGGGACACUAGUGAUCGGGAAAUCGCUGUGCCAAGCGUGGCUUAGUGGCAACACUGUCGCUGUGCACUGUGCAAUCACAAUGGAAUUCUGUGGGAGAAGCGCUCCAAGUGUUAUAGUUUCAGCCAUAGACUGCACCGUGUACCCCACCAUAUUUUGAUACGGCAGCUCGUGAAGUCUUUCCGUCAGUGCGAUGCAUCAGAAGCUUGCACAAAGUGGCCUUUCUAGUCCUUUUUCUAUUUAUGAUUGGAAGGCCUAUGCCAGAAACCGGAAAGUGCUAACUUGGUUGUCGUCGCAACAGUUGUGUGAGCCGCAAAUAGAUCUGAAAACCAGCUUUUACACAACAGUGUACAUUAUCACUUCUAGUGCGUGAGUGCAUCAUCUGCUGUGCUUUUUCGUGAUGUGUCAUCAUGCACUGUUGGAUUUUCAUUGUAAAUUUUGAUUCCUGGCCUUAGAGAAGCAACACGCUUACUGAUACAGGAUGCACACUCUCUGCAGAGCUGGAUGAUGAUAUUUAUUAAUGUAUAGCUAAUAUUCGAGGUUUAUUUUAAGGUAACAAAGUUCCUGUCAUUAUCAAAUUAAGGCAAUACUUGAAACAGUUUGCUAAGUGUGUGUACAAUGAGGAAGUGACAGAGGACUAAGCCAUAGAGCACUGCACCUUUUGUUACUGAAACUUAGAUGUGCACUUCCGUACUACUUAAGCCCAAGAGUUUAAAAAGUGUACAUAUUGAUAACUAGAAUGCUACCAGCGGUUUCAUUCUUUUCUGUGUUGUCAGUUUUUUUUUUUUUUUGCAUACUUUGUGCCAGGCAGACAAAGUGUACUUGACUUUAGGCUAUAAUUUGGAAUGCAGAUUGAUUUUCAUUACAUUUCAUUCAGCAGCUUUCUUCAUGCUUAGUCACUGAACACAUUUUUCACCUUUAAUGCUGUUGCCGUGAUCACAUAGCACUUAUCUAAAGCACCUCCAUACAGUAGAGAAUAACUUCCAAAGCCGUUGGCACUUAUGCACCUUGUUGUACCUGUUGUUUUCUGACAAGACAACUACUUUUGCUGUGUUUCAGUGCAAAGUUAUAUUGAAGCUUGCAGUUCAGACUGUAUUUGAAAACCCUGAAAUUGCUUUCUGUUAUGGGAGAGCAUAGAGUUUUCUAAGAUUGGCUACACAAAGGAGCCGCAAAAGUUGCAUUGCUUAUGGUCUUAUGUAAUGGUCACCAUUCUUUUGUGAGACAUUAGGCUGCCAUAAAUGCACAUGUCCUGGUGAAAUCACAGCUGUUGACUGAAGUGCUGGAAAGAAAUAAUAAUAAUGUUGUUGGUUAGCAUGAAGUGAGUUUGCUGUUUUGUAGCACCGAGUACGCCUUCUUUCCUACAAUCUUGUGCGUAAGACAUUUUCACAAAGAAGUUAAAAGCCCAUGACAUUUUCAGUGUUUUUGAUACUGCACUCGCACCUUUUUUUUUUUUAAUAAAUACUGGAUUCCUGCCUUUCGUGGCCAACGUUUUUUAAGGGGUGCAAGGAGAAUUUAAUCUAUAAGAGAGUUUUUUGUUGUCACACAGGAACGCACAAAAUGCUUUUGUUUCUUGAAGUAUCUCAGCCUUUCUCUAGAAACCUUUUCUUGUACUGCCAGGUGGUCUGGCAACCAAAGGCACAGUGACAUAACAUUUUCCUUUUGACAUUGCAACUUUGUUGUCUUGAUGUGCUGCACUGCCAUAACAGUUUCUGGUCAGAACUAAAGCUAUUUGUUCAUUUUUAGCUUUUACAUAAUUUAUAUUCUGAAGCACAAGACUUACUGUUACUGCACCACAACUGUAAGUUUCUUCCGUCACUACUUGGCUGUAUCAUGUGCUUCUCUGUUUGAUGUAGCAUAUUCACAUAACGUUUGUUGUUUUUAGUGCACUGCUGCCUAAUCUUGAUACCAUUUCUCGUUGCCACAUGGGGAUAUUGCUGCCCACACUAUUGGUCUCACUCGCAUGUUUUACACAGCUUGGAAGCGUUUAUUCAUGUUGUUAGUAGGUUCCUGUUCUUGUCGGGUGAUAAAGUACAGACUGUCAAAAGUUCACUUGUCACUGCGCUUAUAUUAGCUGAGCUGGUGCUGCUACCAGGUCUCGCUGUGGUUCUUAUGUGGCAAUCCUGGAAAUCCAAAGGCUUGAAGGAUGACGUAGAGCUUCAUCACUGUCCAGGUCAUUGAACUACAGAGGAUACAACUGUGGCUGUACUGUACAGGCCCCAAAUCAAGUUCAAUUUUGUACUGUGUGGCCUUUCUAUACCCUUGACGAAGUACACAUGUCUCAUUCGAAUGGUAACAAUGAACUUGGCUAUGGAUCUCUAUAAAGCAAUCAUCUGGCUCCAAAAUGGCAGUUUGUGUCCUGGCAGGCUUUUGCGCAGAUGGUAAAGGGCAGGAUUCAUGAACGUAUAUAUGUUGUUGCUGCACCAACCAUAACAGUCUGCAUUUGUGGUCAUCUCAUUCUUUAGAACCCAUUGCACUGUAGUAUUUAGCGUAAGGUGCUUCUGAAAUGAUGUUGCGCAUUUAGAUUCUCUAGAACAAACUUUGGCAUUUAUGACUUGCAGAAAGGAGAUGACCCAUAUAUUAGAACCAUAUAAUUGGCCAACUUAUUGAAGACGUAACUGCAAGUGGCUUGUUUUCUUUGGUGGCCACUCCCUCGAAAAUUAAUCACCCUCUUAUAAAUAUACUAUUUAAUAAAGCUUGUGCCCUUUGUGGAUAUCAAUAAGUCGAUGGCACAUUAGUUGACAAUGCCUAGCAGUUAUGUGUACUUCUGCGGAUUAUCCGUGUGGAGUUACACAAACAAUAAUUUCUAGGCAAAGCAUAUUGUGGUGUACCAAUUUGAGAGAGACGUUUCAAAGCUAACAGGUUCAGUUUAUGCUGCUGUAGUCUGGAACUCAUUUCCAUAAUUGACUAAUGUGCACAUGGGUAAAGUCACUAGUGUUCCAAAGUUUAUCACCUGGGUACACUUUUUAACUAGUCACAUUGUGUCUAGAUCAAGUAAAAUGAUCAGAUCGUGGUGUCCUGUGCAUAUCAUGCACACAUUCGUUAUAUAUGUCUGUGUGAUCUUCAUGUAUUUGUGUGCAGUUGUGUUCAAUCAUGCAAUUACUCGUUUUGCUACUUGUUGGGCAUGGAAGCAUAUGUGCUUACAUAGGAAUGUAUGCGGUGUGAAGUAUGUUAACUAAUAAAACUGAGGAAAGCCUUUAAUUUUUUUUUAGCUGUUUCCUCCCAGCACGCCCUCUGGUUUUAUGUACUGAUUGAUGCGUGUUUAUUUAUUGUACGUUGAGUGGUAAUAAAGUAUGUUUUU